AUGGAGAGGAUCAAUGACAGCUGUGAAGAAGACUUCAUUCUGCUCGGGUUCUCUGACCGGCCCAAGCUGGAAACUGUCCUGUUUGUUGUCAACCUAGUCUUUUACUUUCUGGCUGUUACUGGCAACUCCACCAUCAUCUGCCUCUCCCUGGUGGACCCUGUGCUGCACACGCCCAUGUACUUCUUCCUCAGCAACCUGUCCCUCCUUGACCUCUGCUACACCACCAGCAGCAUCCCCCAGAUGCUGGUCAACCUCUGGGGUCCUCGCAAAACCAUCACGUACGUGGGGUGCGUCAUCCAACUCUUUGCUUUCCUGUCUGUGGGGGGGAUCGAGUGCAUUCUCCUCUCGGUCAUGGCCUACGACCGCUUUGUGGCCGUCUGCAAGCCACUGCACUACAUGACCAUCAUGCACCCGCAGCUGUGCCUGCAGCUGGCGGCCUUUGCCUGGCUCAGCGGGAUUGCCAAUUCCAUCCUGAUGUCGCCCCUGACCAUGUCUCUGGGCCGGUGCUGUCGCCGCGGCAUCAACCACUUUGUGUGUGAGAUGCCGGCUAUCAUCCGCAUUUCCUGCGUGGACAGCAGCCGGGUGGAAGGGCUGGCUUUCUUCCUGGCCAUCCCCAUCGUCCUCGUGCCUCUCACCAUGAUUCUGGUGUCCUACGGCUACAUCGCCGCUGCGGUGCUGCGCAUUAAGUCUGCUGCUGGCAGGCGAAAGGCCUUCAACACCUGCUCCUCCCACAUGGCCGUCGUGUCCCUCUUCUACAGCGCCAUCAUCUACAUGUACAUGCAGCCUGGGAACGUGGCGAGCCAGGACCAGGGCAAGUUCCUCACUCUUUUCUACUGCCUCGUGACCCCUACUCUGAAUCCCUUCAUCUACACGCUGAGGAACAAAGACGUGAAGGGAGCCAUGUGGAAGGUUCUGGGGAAAGACCGCAGCCUACUGGACACCGGAGGACACUGA